AUGGACUUAGCUGAAUCUUCAGGAUAUUGUGGGCCGUCCUCCUCCUGGUCCUUCUCCCAGCGCGUCUUCCUGCUCCUCAAAUCCGCGGUUCCCGACUACCCGUGCCCAGAUCUUCCUUUUCACAUCGAUGGCUGUACCUGGGAACUUAGCUGGUCCCGGACUGAUUUUGAAGAUGCUUCUGUUGUGGAGGGGCUGCCGUCGCUGGAUGACUUUCUCUAUUUGCUCAACACCGUCAAGUUCCAUUCCUCUCGGAUGCUAUAUCUCGUCGACGAAGACGAGUUCAUACCUCAUCUCCACGAGUUCUACGAUCGAGGGCUCGAGAAGGCCAAAACUCAGCCCCUAUGGUUCAUUCAAUACCUCCUGAUUAUCGCUCUCGCCAAGGCUUUCUUGACCACACCCAGGAAUCCCAAAUUACCGCCAGGAUCAGCUUUCUUCACACGGGCUAUGUCUCUAGUACCGGAUUUUAUAGGCCUGAAUCGUCAGCCAAAUCGUGGCAUGCAGAUUCUGUACCUGAUAGGUCUGUAUCUGGUGUCGGUGGACAUGAAAGAUGCUGCUUAUGUUUAUGUCGGCCAGGCGAUCCGGAUGUGUAUCAUGGAGGGGAUAUACCGGGAGCCACCAGACGGACUUUUUGGGACUGGUAUCGCGCAUCAGUGCCGUAACAUCUGGUGGUCCGCAUAUAUUCUUGACCGGCAGCUAUCAUCGAUGAUAGGCGGUCCAGUAUCGAUCCAAGAUGCGGAAAUCACUUGUGCGCUCCCCGUCGCUUACGAUCAUUCGGAGGAUGCUCUGUUCUUCACCAUGCAUGUCAAGCUUUCCCGCACGAUCGGCCGCGUGUUGAAUUCCGUAUACACCACCGAUUUUCGAUUGCGACAGUCAUUCAUCUCCACGAUUCAGUCUGUGCUGCGCGAGAUGGCCGAUAUUCUGCGGGAGACGGAGGAGAUGGCCGCCAAAGUCUCGCACCAUUCCCUGCGAACAGUAUCGACUAUGACGAGCCAUCUGACAGUAAAAUACCACCAGUGUAUUAUUCUGGCCACGCGUCCGCUGUUCCUUCACUUUCUCAUCAACCGGCUCCAACCACAGGAUCAGCGCGGCGAGACAGUGAUCCCCGUCCAGCUGAGACCGCUUCUCGAAACCUCUCUGCAGUCGGCCAAGAUCUCAUUGAGAACUUUGUCUGUAUUGUACGAGCAGUCACUUCUCGAAUCGUUCCUUCCUUUCGACCUGGAAGGGAUCUUCUCUUCCGCAUUCAUCCUCACCAUCGCCCACUUCAUCGACCCUGCUCUGGUGCCGGAUAUGGCCAACUACGUGCUCACCGCUUCGCGCAUGCUGUCCGACAUCGUUGCCAAGGGCAACAUGACCGCCGCGCUGCGGCAGAAGGAAUUGGAUUUGCUGCAGAAGAUGACCGGACAUGUCGUGAGCGGGGAGAGUAGUGAUCAUGAUGAUGGAAGGGAAAGUGUCUCCCGCAUGGUGAGCCUUCCUGAGCAGACGGAUCCCGCGGCGGAGUCGGAGUUCAUGAUGGCGGAUGAGGAGAUUACCAUGAGCCCUACACAGAUAUUGAGUCUGGCGGAGCAUUUGGACUUGCUGAACGAGAGUGCGUGGGAUAUUGGAUUCGGACUCGAGGGGCAGGGUUUGAUGUGAGGGGUGUGUCAUUGGGGUUAAGUUAGAAUGGUGGGGAUUCGUCUUAUCUGCCUCGUGCCCGAGGUCCCACGGGCUCUCGCAUCUACUGUCGAGGGCUGGUUCGCUUUGACUAUCAUCACCAGUCACUGCUUCAGCACUAGGGCUCCAAUGACAGGCGCCUAGGCGGCCUGUCAGACACAUCGG